UCUUGAGUUUAUCAAAUUCUCUAAAACCCAAUGGAGUCCGUGGAUCAUUAAAUAGCACUUUUAUCACUAAUCACUGACACUCUGUCCGAGUUCAUCAGAGUACUAUACAUCAAAAUUCCAGCUUUAUUAACAUCUUAAUCUUGAUCAUCUCUUCUCGAUUUUUUCUCUUCAUCUCUCUCUCAGCUGCAACAGCAAAAAAAAAAAAAAAAAAAACAUUGUUGGUUUCCUUCGAUUUGGCCUAAAGUUCUCACUCUCAACAUAUCUUUAUCAUGUUCAUAGUGGAAGAUGGCGAGAAGAUUAGCACAUCUGAGACAAACAAUGUCUGCAUGACUCCAAAAGAAACAGAUGGUUUUCAACUAAGGCCUGUUGCAUUAUUGGAGUCAGGAGAAGGGUUACCUUAUGCUCCUGUAGAUUGGCCAAAUCCAGGUGAUAUUUGGACUUGGAAAGUCGGAAGAAGAGUCAAAGCCUCAGGAAACUUUCAAGAUAGGUACUUAAUUGCUCCAACAAGGCUUCAAGAAAACCCAAGAAAGAAAAUGUGGUUUUUGAGUAAGCUAUCUCUUCAAACCUAUAUCAAAACAAACUUCCCUGAAGCUGAUAUCAAUGCUUUUUUCUCAUCAUUCGUUUGGGAAGUUCCAGCUGAUUUCAAUGCUUUUUUCACGUCACCCGAGGGCAAAGCUGAACCUAAGCCCAUUUCUCAAUCACCUAGUCCUGGAAAGGCCCGUAAAACUGGUCAAUCAUCUAAUUCUGGAAAGGCUCGUAAAACUGGUGAAGGAGGAGGAACUUCUUCACGGAAAAGGAAGUCCAAUGUGAAGCAGCAAGGACGGUAUUUAUGGAAGAAAGUUCAGCCUAACAUCUCUAAUACCGAUGUACUCGUAAUUAAGGAAGAAACCGUAGAAAACAAUGAAGCGUUCGAGAGUCCUCCUGUGUCUGAUGACAAUGCAACCAUCACUCCUCUAGCCUGCCAGCAAGUAACUCCAGAGGAUUUCGAUAACUAUAUUAGUUCACUUGAUGACAUUCUGCUUUUGCCUCUUCAGAGAAGUCCGAGUAUUAUCUCUGGCUCUCGGGGAGAAAAAGAAAUGACUGAUUCUCGAAAGAAACUUGUUAAUGUCCUACGUAUUGGUUUUCCUGCCUUAUUUACCUCUGACAAACUUACUGAAGUUACGACCUUGUCUUUGGAGCUUCAGAAUGAACCUGACCUCAGUGAUAGAGAGCUUUCAAUGCUGAAGCUAAUCCAAGAAAUUCCACUGGCCAGCAAUGAUUUUCUAGAAGCUAAGCGAGUAGUUAAGGAAGCUGACAAAUUCUUUGCUGGCCUCGAGGCUAAAUUGACUCGUGUUACUACGCUAAGGGAUGAAUACAAUGCCUCAAAGCAAGAAAUAGCUCUACUUGAGGUUGAAGAUAUCUCUACUUCCUCAGCUAUACAGGAAAUUGAUGAAAAGAUUGCCGUCUUGCAAUCACGUCGAGCUGCAUUAGCCAAGGUUGCUGACAGAACUAACAAGAAGAUGGCUGAAGCAAAAUCAAAGCAAAGAAAGGUCAUGGGCCAUCUUCCAAAGAUAGUUGAUGAAAUUCAGGUGGCUAACUCCCAAAGCUCAGAAUGGAAGCUCAAGAAACAGAAAUCGGCAGAGAAGGAAGUUGAGAUAUUGACCAAAUUUGCUCCACUCAGGGGGUUCUCCAUCUAAUUGAACUUAAUCUUGUACAUGCCUUCAUGUUGAUUCUGUGUCUCUUGUUAUUUUAUGUUUUCAAGCCUCGGGAAUUUGAUCUACCCUUCUUUGCCAUCUAAGGGUUUUCUGUAGGUUAUCUAGUUUUCAUGAAUCUCUGAUCCAGAGAGAGAGAGAGAGAGAGAGAGAAUCUCUGAUCCUUUUUUUAAUGCAUCUGCAUUUCCUAUGUAGUAAUCUCUUUUUUCUUUUCUUUUCAUCCUAUGUAGAACUCUUUCACUGUGAUGUUUCUGCUGUUUUAAUAAGAAAUGUUUAGGAGUAGUCUA